AUGCCUCCCGGAUAUACACCGACGACCUCUCUGUGGAGGAGCCUGAGCCAUGUUCUCAGAGAACAACAUCUUCGCCCUUCCAUAUCCCACCUACGAUCACGCGUACGGUCAGCAGCCACAUUUACACACCGGCGAUAUGCCCAAGCUAUCUCUGUGCUGCCCACUUUGGUCGACAAGUCCAGUCCCGACUUCAAGGACAACGCAGCUCAGCUGAGGGAGAUCAUGGCCAAGUAUUCUGAACUCCACCAGAAGAUCUUGCGCGGCGGGCCAGAAAAGGCACGAGACAAACAUAUUCAGAGGGGGAAAAUGUUGGCAAGAGAUCGGGUUACAGCUUUGAUAGACCCUUGGAGCCAGUUCUUGGAACUUUCACCGCUGGCAGCGCAUGACGUCUACGAGGACGAGGUGCCUGCGGCCGGCGUCGUGGCAGGCAUUGGAACCGUCGAAGGGGUCACUUGUAUGAUCGUUGCCAAUGAUGCUACAGUCAAAGGUGGCACAUAUUACCCUCUGACGGUGAAGAAGCAUCUGAGAGCGCAGGAGAUCGCCCAGCAGAACAGACUACCGUGCAUAUAUCUGGUCGACUCGGGUGGUGCAAACCUGCCGAACCAAGCGGAUGUGUUUCCCGACCGAGACCACUUUGGGCGUAUCUUCUUCAACCAAGCGAGGAUGAGUAGUAUGGGGAUCCCACAGAUUGCCGUGGUCAUGGGGCCUUGUACGGCUGGUGGAGCAUAUGUGCCGGCCAUGUGUGACGAGUCCAUUAUCGUCGCGAAACAGGGCACCAUUUUCCUUGCGGGUCCACCUCUGGUCAAAGCGGCCACCGGAGAAGUGGUCUCGGCUGAAGAUCUCGGUGGUGGUCAACUUCACAGCUCUGUGUCCGGAGUGACCGAUUAUCUUGCCGUGGACGACGCCCAUGCCAUCGUCCUCGCGCGACGGUCAGUGGCCAACCUGAAUUACCCCAAGGAGCAGCCUGCUCCGGUGGCAGUUCGAGAGCCACUCUAUGAUCCUGAAGAGCUAGCGGGCAUCGUGGGGACCAAUCUGCGGAGGCAGAUCCCCAUGCACGAAGUGAUUGCACGAAUUGUGGAUGGGAGUGAAUUCGCCGAGUUCAAGAAGGAUUACGGGACGACAUUGUUGACCGGAUUCGCCAGAAUUUACGGCUACCAGGUGGGAAUCAUGGCCAACAACGGAAUCUUGUUCUCCGAGUCAUCCUUGAAAGGGGCACACUUCAUCGAACUAUGCUGCCAGCGCAACAUUCCAUUGGUCUUCCUUCAGAACAUCAGUGGGUUCAUGGUGGGUGCCGACGCGGAAAAGGGUGGAAUUGCCAAAAAUGGUGCCAAAUUGGUGACCGCAGUCGCCUGUGCCGACGUCCCCAAAUUCACGGUCGUGGUUGGUUCCAGUGCUGGUGCUGGCAAUUAUGGCAUGUGUGGCCGGGCGUAUUCGCCACGGUUCUUAUGGAUGUGGCCGAACGCGAAGAUUGGUGUGAUGGGACCUGAGCAACUUACCGCGGUCAUGGAGACGGUGGGCAGAUCCGUCGACCCCGAGCUCCGACACCGUAUCGAGCGAGAAAGUGAUGCGGCCUUCUCGUCAGCCAGAUUGUGGGAUGACGGUGUCAUUCCACCUGCGCAAACCAGGCACAUGCUUGGGCUUGGCCUGAAGGCUGCCUUGGGUGGCAGCACCCAGGGGGCAAGUACCAAAUUUGGAGUUUUCAGAAUGUGA